AUGAAUCUCGUAAUUACUUACUUUUUCAGUUGGAUUGUUUUUGGAACAAAUGUCCAAGCAGCCAAAGGUGCCAAAUUCCAAUUCUAUGGUGAUAUUACCAACUACUAUGCCUGUAAUUAUCAAAUAAGUCAAACAGUUUCCUUUUGCGAAAGUCCAACCAAUGUUACCUGUUUGUGCUCCAAUAAAAAUGCUUUGGCUACAUACGCUGGAUGUUUUGCCUUUGAUAACCGAAACAAAACCAAAGCAUUAAACUUUUUGAUCGAGUAUUGUGAAGAGUAUGGUAAUGUCACUGUUGAAAAAGAUUGGUAUGAAAAAUCGUAUCAAUAUUAUCUUGCUAAGGCCAAAACUGAAGAAGAAAUCCCAAACUUUAAUGCAACUAUUCCUAUUGAUGUUCCGUUCAAGCUUGAUGAAGCUGAAACAAAAUUAUAUGAAAAAGCUUACAAACAGUUUUUAGGAAACUAUGAUGAUUCAUUAUAUUAUGGAGCUGCUGCUUUGGGUUAUUGGUUAUUAAUUAUGUGUAUUGGGGCAAUUGUCAAUUGGGGUAAGGUAAUUUUCCCUGGUUUGACUAAAAAAUUAACUUCUAAACCUAUUAAUAUAUGGAGACAAUAUGUUUCCAUGCCAGCAACAUUUCAGAAACGGAAGGCGGAAGCAGCUCCAAUCUUUAAAUUUUUUGAUUCUUUAAUUCCAUCUAGGCUUGAAUCAAUUGUCAUCUUUUUAUUCUAUAUUUUGAUAUUGAUUAUUCAUGCUAUAAACAUGCAUUAUGUUGAUGGUGAUCCAGUAUUUAACAAUGAUAAAUACCAAUCACAAGUGAGAAAUGUUGCUGAUAGAACAGGUAUUACUGGAACAAUUAUGAUGCCAUUAGUUUUCCUUUUCGCCAGUAGAAACAAUUUUUUGCAAUGGUUAACAGGUUGGAAUUAUAGUACUUUUGUCACUUAUCAUCGUCAUAUUGCUAGAGUUAUGUUUAUUUUAAUUGCUUUACACUCUAUUCUUUUUACUAUUUUAUUACGUACUGAUAUGAGUGAAUUUGCCGAAACGUAUAUGAUUUGGGGGGUUCUUGCUACAGUUACUGGUGGGAUCAUUUUAUUCCAGGCCAUGUUAUUUUUCAGAAGACGCUGGUAUGAAAUAUUCUUACUUAUUCAUAUAUUAUUUGCUGCAUUAUAUGUUGCCGGCACAUGGAUCCAUGUUGACGAAUUAGGGUACGUUUGGUUUGUGUAUCCAUCUGUUGCUGUAUGGUGUGUUGAUAGAGUAGUUAGAAUUGCUAGGUUGGUAGUAUUUGGUUUCCCUAAAGCUCAGGUGACAUUAUUGGCAGAUGAAACAAUAAAAGUGGAAAUUCCUAAACCAAGUUAUUGGAAAACUAUUCCUGGUGGUCAUGCAUUCAUUCAUUUCUUGAAACCAACAUAUUUCUGGCAAAGUCAUCCUUUCACUUUUGUGGAAUCACCAACUGAUACUCAUAUUAUUUUAUACUGUAAAGUUAAAGGGGGUAUUACACACAGUUUGUAUCAAUUGUUGGGACGCAGUCCAGGACAAACUACUAGCAUGAGAGUUGGUGUUGAAGGUCCAUAUGGAGAACUGACUGCAGCUAGAUAUGCUGACACGGCUGUAUUUAUUGCAGGAGGUAAUGGUAUCCCUGGUAUUUACUCUGAGGUGAUGGACAUGGCCCGUAGAAUGCCAAGUGAAACUAAGAAAGCUAUGAAAUUAUACUGGAUUAUACGUGACUACAAAUCAUUAGAAUGGUUUAACGACGAACUUGCUGUAUUACAACGCACAAACAUUGAAACAACAAUUUACGUCACCAAGCCUGAUUUAUUUAGUGUGUCGACUGAAGAUGGUAGUGACGAUACUAGUUCCAAGAAGGAAUCUGAUAGUCAAGAUAUGAAUGUCGAGAGUAAAGAGCCGUUGCAAGGGGUUGACGUGGUAAAGUCUAGAUUUUCACAUAUCACGUUUAAAGAGGGAAGACCAAGUAUUGAAAACAUCGUUGACUCAGAAAUCAAAGAAUCAAAUGGAUCUAUUGCAUUUGUUGCUUGUGGUCAUCCAGCAAUGGUUGACGAGACACGUUACUUUUGUUCAAGAAAUGUUGACAAUCCUCAAAAGAAGAGGGUCGAUUUCUAUGAGCAAGUUCAAGUUUGGACCUAG